AUGGGUCCACCUGCGGCACCCCAUCGCCUGCCACCCCCGCCAGCCUACUGCCAUGAAAUGGCUGCCAAGAACCUCCUCGACCGUGGGCUGCCCUUCUCUGAUGUGCUGGAAGUUGCGCUGACACCGCGGACGCCGCGAGCAACUACUCCUCGUGGACCAGGCUCGAAACCAUCCACACCUCGGCCAGUGAUUCGUGGCUCACGCGCGCAGAUGGCAUCCUACAAGGACCUCACGCCGUGGGAAGAGAAGGCGAUUGUCGCAGCAUUUCAGAAGUUCGACAAGCACAAGAGUGGCAAGUUGGAAGUCCACUCCUUCUUCCAGCUUUGCCAAAGCUUGGAUCUUCAUCUCAACUCGCGGCUGGCACAGGAAUGGUUGGGCAGCUUGAACCAGGUGGACGGGUUGGGCUUAGACCAAGUCAAAAACAUUUGUGCCCGGAUUCUGGCCGCCCAGACACCCGCCGUCCGCGCAUGUGCUGCUGGCAAAGCCCUAGCCCUGCCUGACCUGCAAGCCAGCGAGGAGUACAUGCGAAGUGCCUUCAGAAGGUUUGCUCCGAAGGGCGUCGUCGGGCCGGAAGGUUUGCGGCAGCUGCUGAAGGCUCUGGACUUUCCUGACGUUCACUGCGACUCUUUCGACCGAUACGUAAGCGAGUGGCUUCUGAUUGCUGGCAAGUUAGAAGAGGAGCCCACCAUCAACGUGCAUGACUUCAUUGCCUGCGUGAACUUGCUUGUGGAGCUGUGUCAAGUACAUCAACUGGAGCAAGAGGCGAAGGAUGACUUGUAA